GGCCAUGAUUUAUCUAGAAGCAACUUUUUUAGUCCUAUAAAACCACACUUCACCAUUCAUUAACCCAUAGUCGAUUGACAAUUGUUCAGUUUCAAUUCAAGCAACAUUCAACAAUGGUUAAAGCAAUUAGGAUUCAUGAAUUUGGUGGCCCUGAGGUGAUGAAAUGGGAGGAUUUGAAUAUAGGCGAACCGAAAGACGGAGAAAUCAAAGUGAAAAACAAGGCGAUUGGGAUAAACUUUUUGGAUGUUUACAUGCGUAAAGGUUUAGUACCUGGUUUAUCUCCUCCAUUGCCAUUCACACCAGGUAUGGAGGCUGCCGGAGUUGUAACAGCAAUCGGUCCCGGAGUCAACACCUGCAAAAUCGGAGAUAUUGUCGCUUACGCCGGCUACCCUGUCUCCGCUUACGCUGAAGAACAGAUACUUCCGGCAGAUAGAGCUGUACAAGUUCCACCUUCAAUUGAUCCAAUCGUUGCCGCUUCUGUUCUCUUCAAGGGAUUAACCGCCGAAGUUCUGGUUCGCCGGUGCUUUAAGGUAGAACCAGGGCACACGGUUAUUGUCCAUGCCGCCGCCGGUGGACUCGGAUCGUUGCUGUGUCAAUGGGCGAACGCACUUGGUGCGACUGUCAUCGGAACUGUUUCAAACAAAACGAAGGCAGUGCAAGCUAAGGAAAAUGGAUGUCACCAUGUGAUUGUUUACAAAGAAGAAAACUUCGUGGAUCGAGUUAUGGAGAUUACUUCAGGAGAAGGUGUUGAAGUAGUUUAUGAUGGAAUUGGUAAAGAAACAUUUGAGGGAUCUGCUGCGUGCUUGAAAUUUCGUGGAUUCUUGAUUUCACUCGGUGGGCCAUCGGGUUCAGCCGACCCGUUAAGUUUCAAACUGGUUGCCCAAAAGUCUUUGUAUUUCACGAUUCCAUCAGUGAUGCUUUAUACAGAAAAAAGAGAAGAUCUUCUUGCAGCAUCAGAAGAGGUUUUCUCUAAUGUUGAAAAGGGUGUUUUACGUGUUCGUGUAAAUCAUAAGUACCCUUUGUCGCAAGCGGGUCAAGCCCAUUUUGACCUUGAGAAUCGGAAAACAACCGGGUCUAUUGUGUUGAUACCCGACGCUUAAGCAAUUCGUAGUGUAGUUGGGUUUUAUACAUGUUUGUUGUAUUGGUAGUGUAUGUGGUUGUGUUAUGUUGUCAUUUUGUAUUUGUACUUUUAAAAUUUUAAAUUUGGUAGUAAUAUAAAAACGUGGAAUUAUGUUUGUUUA